AUGUCACCAGCAAAGACCAUUUCCUGCAGGAAACUUCAGGCGAGCGGCCUCGUAAGAGCUGCAACUGUCGCUGCUUUUACACGACCCAGUGUACCGCAGCUCGUGGUGUUCAAGGAGAAUUUGUUGGAGGUGUAUGAAGUCGAGAAGGAAAAGCCAAUUCUUAUAGCAAGUACAGACUUCUGGGUUCUAGUUUGUAAUUGUGAGGUCUUGGAGAACCCGAGGACCAAUGCUUGCUCUGCUUCUACAAGCCUUGACAGAAUACUGGUCACAGAUGAUGAGGGAAAGGUUUUUAUACUGGAGUGGUCUGUGUUGACGGUCAGAGAUGUACCAAUCAAUAUAAUAAAAGCGGACCACGAUAAGCUGGAACCUCUUGUCCAGCAUUCUGUAUUGUCAAAGCCACUGGUUUUGCCAGAAAAGACACCUAUGAGUUCUCUCAUGGAAACAUCUCGAAGUCGUGACUCCGGAGCAAAAGAUUGGAUCAACAAGAUUCGAGGUGUUACCUUGGUAGCCAUGUCCAUAUACCAGAACUUGAUUCAAGUAGUGUUGGUUGCAUGGAUACCAAUAACUCGUUACAAAGAGAAGAACCUGGAAGGAUCAAUAUCUCUGAGACCCAUCGUGAAUGAGUAUCUUCUGUACAUGAAGGAAGAGUCAGGCUUAAUCAAUCUCGCAUCGCAACUACAGAAAACACCCAGUAUACUCGACUUGAGUUUUAUUGAAGGGUUAGAUUUCAAAGGGCAUCCUUUACUAGUAGUACUUUCUGCACAUGAUGGGCUAGUGUACAGCUUGGUGAAUAUUCAAUCAUAUACGCUUGACUUGGCAAACAGACAGAUGCAACCGGGACCUUGGAAAAUAAGCAAUCUCCAUCCGACCACAAGGCUCCUAUUGCCAUGGGUUGGAGAUGGUAUCACGAGGCCAGCUAGUUGGAGCUGCGAGCGAGAUCAUGUGCAGACCGGGAUCAAGCAAGGAGUUGGUAUACUCGUCAUAUCUAGCAAAAGUCUUUUGUUCAUUGAAUCAAGCGGAUACCGCUCUUCACUACCGAUCUCUUUGGAUGGGCUACCCACUUGUUCUGAGGUCCUCAGAGAUUCUUGCUUGGUAGUAGGUGACAGUAAUGGAGCAUUGUGUGUUUUGGAUCUGAAGCAUUGGGGGAGACACGAACUGCAGCCGGUCAAACCUUUUAGUCCUUUUCCUCCUGCACAGAUUCUGAAACAGGUACAGUUCGUGAAGGAGGAGAAUGGAGAUAUUGCUGGUUUUGUUUUCUUCCUAUCUGGCAGUAGUAGCAAUUCCAGAUUGUUCGCACUUCUUCCCGAUCUGAUUGGGAGAGAAAUCAGGACUCCAUCAUUAGCAUCUCAUGAUUGUGAAAGUAUGAGUAUGCUUUCAGAUUUGCCAUCUCUCAGUGAAGAAGGCUUAAGCUGGUACACAAAAGAAUUUUCAAUAGAACAUUCCUCCUUAGACGAUCCAACCUCCGUCCACUCGAUGCUUUUGGUUGAUGACCCGUGCAAAGUAUCAGAGAAACAGAUUCUCGCUGCAUGUGGCAGCUCUCCUACUGCUACACUUCGCAGGGGUAGCUUGGGAGUGGCUUUCAACAGUGAUAAAAUCUGUGAUGACAAGAUAGGUGGCUUACCUGAAGUGCUACCAAUGAAAUGGGCACUUCAAUCUCAUUAUCACACACAUCUUCUUCUGUGCUAUCCAACCGAGGGCACGACCGAGAUCGUGACACUGGAUGGCGAAAAUCAGUCAGAGUCAAUGGACGGUCUAGAAACAAGUGAAUGUACUUUAGCAGCAUCCGCUGUUUCAGGAGACUGGCUUUUCCAGGUAACAACUAAGUCUUUGAGGGUUUUGAGCCCAACUACACCAAGGGCUCUUGUAGCGGAGUGGCUACCUCAAGCAGCAAAAGACUGCUCUGCAAGGUCUCAUGUUGGAGCUCAGAAAAAUCAUCACAUUAAGCAUGCGUCUGUGAGCGUAGAUGGAGCUGUUUUGAGCACCGGCAAGACAGUGUACUCUGUGAAGCUAAACAAGAGUGGAAGGUUAUGUCCUCCAGUCGAAAUUAGAAGACCUCAAGAGGUUUCAGCUCUUGGAAACUUCGAGUUUUGGAUUGUUGGAGAUAAAAGUUCCAAACCAAGGAAGCAAUUCUAUGCCAAGUAUCUGACAAGCCCUAGGCCUGCAUUUGACAACGCGGAUCUCUUCUUCCUUGUUGUUGUAGCACAAUGGGUCACCAAUACAGUUCAUCUGCUCACAUGGCCAGACUUGGAGGAAAUUGAUCAUGUGGAGACUGGAUCCUCUCCUGUUCGUUGUGUUUGUGUCACUACUAUUGGGAAGGAGCAAUAUCUAUUUGUAGGUACAGGUGAAGGAAAUGUAUUAUACUUCCAAAUCAAGUAUGAUACUCCCAAGGAGGGAGAGAACGUGGACUCUGAGAUCACUGAAAACCCGUCAAUUGUCCAUUCUAGUUCAUUCCGAGAUGAUGCUUUUGAGAGAGAGAAUGUCAGCUGCUUAAAAUUCAUGCAGGGACUACGAGCCCCAGUCGGAAGACGUGAUACAAAUGAACAGAGUCUCAAAAGGUUCAAUUUAAGGCUCAAGCAUGGCAGAGUUCUGAGGCUGGGAGGAAGCGUCGUAUCCAUUAUACAUGGUCCAUUUUGCGGGCCUGAGAUGGACUCGUCGAAGAAGCUAAGUAGAAUACUGGAAAAGCAGGAUUGUCUGCUCGUGCAAACAGAUCGUGACAGCAUAGUCUUGAUUCCUGGAGAAGAUGGCGACUUACAGGCGGUGUGUAUGUCGGGUUCAUUUACCCAGCCUUUGGGAACGUCUUUCAGGAUACACACUGAAAGUGUGCCCAACUCAUUGGGCUUACUCUCUAGAGAAGGUCAACUUCUUUUCGGGCAUGUGGAUCUCUCAGUGAAACUACGAUGGCGGAAGAUGGAAAUUAUUGGCAAUCCCCAACAACUAGGUUAUCAUAGGGGAACUGGUUGUGCUGUAAUCACCUCAAAUGAUGGUGGUUCUGUAAGGCUCUCCCUCAUCCAUGUCCAAUCGAUGUGUCAGGUCCUGACGCUGGAGCUGGAGACAGACCAGCAUCCUACAGCCUUGGAAGUUUUGGAAUUGCCCUGUGUUGAAAUGAAGAAAAGCAGAGAAUGUAUAGUCGUCGCCUGCCAAAAGGGUAUCAAGGAACAGGCCCGAGGAACCCUUCAGUUUUUUGACUUCACCCACGCAUAUACUUGUGAUGAGGAGUUGCAGUAUGAGUUGCGGAUGUUGGGAAAACAUCAUACAGAGCUUCCAUGCCAGGCUCUUUGUCUUCUGAGGAAGCAAGAAGAAUCCCUGCCGACCUUUUGCUGUGACAUAUGCAAUGUAGAUUCUUGCAUAGAUGGUUUCGAACCUCUAAGCACAGCCUUGAAGCAUUUGACCUGUGGCGGUGGCCACUGGAAUGACUACUGUAGAGACCAGGAAGGCAAAAGAGGUCUUCAUCGCCAGGGGGGGCCACUGUUGGCGCUCGGUUUUUCGGGAAGGGUGGAGAUCUUUGCUGUUUUGAUCGGAAGUAGCAUAGCGUCGAUUCUUCUGGUUCCUCCUCUGGCCCAGAUUAUCAAAUCAGCUCUUCCGUACUUUCCUGAUUCAGUUAGGAGCUCAGGUUACAAGUCCAGCUCUGCAGCAACUGUAGAUACAGACGGAAUGAAUGAACAAACUUUAGAAGGAAGCAAGGGCUGCCCAGCAUCGCGGGUUGAUCCGAAGCCCAUGACUUCGAAAAAUUCUCUAGUUUGUUUGACGAGGUUGACCACCUUUGAUAGUCCUGGGCGAGGUUGUGUAACUGCUCUCUUGGCUCUCUCUUCGGAUGUAAUUCUGGUAGGAGAAAUGUUUCAAGGGAUAGGGAUAUUCUCUAUCCAAGAGAAUGGAGAUGUAGUUCAUCUUGCAUGGCAUCCUUGCUCGCAGCCUCUCACGACAGUCCUUCAGCUGGAGGCCAAUUUACUACUAGUGGCACUGUAUGAACAUGGGUUGCAGCUAAUGGAGCGCGACUUGUGUGCCGAGCAGAGUUUCCAGGAAGAGAAAAGGCUGUGGGAAGAGGACGGCGAUACUGUCCAUGGAGCAUAUUCCCGGAGAUCAGAGUUGAGGAGAAGUGGAGAGUCUUUAAAUCCGGCGGAUGGAGAGGUUAGAAGAAGCGAAAUGCCGAGUUUGAAUCCGAUGGAAAGAUGUUCCCAACCUAUUGCAGUGAUACAAAUGCAGGUCGGAAGGCUUGGAAUAAGAACUACGCCUAUCUCGGAAGAUACAGCAGAAUGUACAAGUGACCCUUUCGGUGACAAGUAUGUGACAAUAAUCACAUCGACUGGAGAGGUAGCGGAACUGGAGAUCAUUUCACGCUCACCCGUUCUCAAGACAAGUCUUGAUCUUGCGACGGUCUCUAAGCAGAAACUUGAGAAAAGAUUGUAAGGGCGAUCUUUCAUCGAAGAUUCACUGAAGCUUCUGACAAACUUGCAUGCAUGUUAUUUGGGUGACGCUUACAGUGAAAUGAGCUGAUAUCUACGUUGUGAAGAAAGUUGUUAGUGCUCUAUGUAUCCAGUUUCAUGCUAGACUUCAACCCGAUUUUCUGAAAUGCUAAAUUCUUAUCGCCAUGGAAAGACUCUCACUUACUUUCAGAGUUCCGAGUGUUGUUAUCUGGAUUUCAACUCUACAUUGAAAAGGGAUCCCAGGUUUUUCCACUGGUACAUGAGUUCGAGUGGUUUAAGACCUAUGGAAGAGAUAAACAUAGAAUGAGA